GCUUGUCAUGUAUCCUAUUUUACAGAGAAGAGUCUUCUAUUUGUGGACAUCCUCUGUUUAAAGGGCUGCCUGUUUAAAUCCAGUUGAAAAGACAAGACACCGUAAGAGGAGCAGGGGCUCUGAAGCUGCCCCUCAACUUGGAAGGCAGUGCAACCAGGCACACAGGCUUCUUGGUCAGUACGACCAUUAUGAAAGUACCUGGGCCCUUGAAGAUAUGCUACAACUGCACCUUUGGACUGUCCCAAGAUUUUUGCUGCCUUAAGCAACAGAAAAAUGGUAGCCAUCAAUUCUGCAAACAGAAAACCAGACAGGCUUUUGGAUUCUGUUUCAACAACAAUGACAGUAACCUCUACUGCACUGAAGAGUGCCAGGUUAGCUCAUGGCAGUGAGGUGCUUUUCAGCUGUUAGUAAGGGGUGUCAUUCUGUCUACCACCUUCUAAGAAAUGAAGCUAUGGUUGCAGAACAGAGCCUACUGCAUUCAAUUAUGUAUAGUUUCCAUUACCAGAUGAACCAUCAUAGGCCAUAUCGGUCUCUCAAACAGGUAGAACAGUGCUUGAAGCGUUUCAAAAUAAUGAAUUUGGAGAAGGCAAUCCAAGAUCUUGUUCAGGCGGGCCCAGUGAAACAUAACUCUGAAAACGCUGAAGAAUGCUUGGUUCCCAGCCAACCUGUAAUAGAAGUGGUACUGGUGAAGAUACUGGGUGGCUGCAAACUUGUGCUGCGUUUACUUGAAUGUUGUUGUACAGGAUUUCUUUUGUCUGUUAAACAUCUGUGUUUACAGGAGUACAUACUAUUGAAUACUCUGGUUGUGGGAUUGCUGAGCCGAUUAUGGAUUCUUUUUAAAGGUGUAUUGAAAAGCCUUGGCUCGUUAUAUAAAAGUCUGUUUGAAUUGCUUCAGGAGGUUUCAAAUAUGCAGCCAAGGCCUUAUAUUGAAGGAUUUGCUUUUCCUUCUGUAAUAAAUGAAUUUCUGGGAGCCCCUUAUUCAGAGAUUAAGAAGAAAAUGCCUAAAGCACUUGUAAUGAAAAAGGCUGGAACUGGAUGGUUGAAUAGAUUGUUCUCAGGAAGCAAACCUGGAUCAUUGAGUACAGCAGUUCCUAAAAGAGUCAUGAAGAAGAUGAGACGUGCCCAGAACAAUACCGAUAUCGGAAAGCCAGUUCUGGUCAACAGAACUAACCUAGAUCUUGAAAAGGAGUUUGAUAUCAAGACCUUGUGUAGACACCCUAGCCCUGCAAUGCAGGAGAAUACUAAAUCUAGAGAAAAUCCUUCUGGAUCAAAAAGGACACCCAAAUCUCUUUCUUCCAAAUCACUGAAAGCUCAGCAUCUUAGAUCAUUUGUGCCUAAACUUCAAGAAGCAAGCUCCUUUAGAGAACUAUCUGACACACUCAAAACAACCAUUCUCUGGUGCAAAAGCAACAGACUUGGAUCAGAGGCCUUUUUCUUGGGAAUGAAACUUUUGAAAAGUAAGAGGCUACAGCAUGUAGAAGCCCAAGGUUGCAGUUUGCGUAGGAAACUUGGCUGUGUGAAAGCUACCCUCUGUAAAUACCUUCAACUCACAAGUUGCAAAUGGAGACCAAGUCAAAUACUUCGAGUUCAGUCCCAUCUACGAAGGCGAAUCAAACUUUCAAAGAAGCGAAGAUGUAAUUUAAAGAGAUCCUUAUUUUGCAUCCCACCACCCGAGACAGACACUCUUCUCCUUGAGAACAGCCUUUCAUGUUCCCUUGGUCAGUGGUCUAACGAUUCAUCUCAGGUGUGGACUACUGAAAACAGUCAUUCUAAUGAAACUGUUGAAGAACAAGCCCGUGGUAAUGCUUCUCACCUUGUGAAGGAAAGAAGCCUGUCCCAUAGACAGAAAGGUGCUACAGAAAAUAGUGAUGAUAUUGAUGAUAUUUUUAAAGUAAUAGGUCUCUAAUGCUUCAUUCCAUUAAAUUGUGUUUAUUUACUAAAUUUCUAUUAUACAAGGGGAAUGUGGGGCAGGUACCUACUGUACAGCAAAAUUUCAGUGUGCUUUUACAAAAUGUUCUUACGGUGUUUUGAAAAGAUAUUUUAAUUAUCUUCUAAUACUAUUUGCUAGGCAAAUACAAAGUAUAAGUUGAACACA